UGCUUUUGCCAGCUGGAAGUGGAAAGUAGAAUCAAAAACAUUGCGUAAAAUAAUAAUAAAUUGAAGUUUCUGCAACCUAGGAUGCAACAUUGAAAAUAAGAAGAACCUGGAAUAUCGGCUCAACCUAAUACAUCUCAAGCUUUGAGGGAUGAGAAUGGAGGACUAACUUCUGCAACUUCCAAGCUUUAAUGCCAUUCAUUUUGCAAGCCAUGUCCAACGCAAGCCAGCAACAAGGCCCCAAUGCUGCGUCGCCUGUGGUCAUCGCAAUUGACACCCCUGAUUUGGCGCCUCCGUCAACUUCCCAGGCACAGAACUCGGCCUCUCCGAGCGGAGGCAUCAGGGUGAUCAUCUCGUCCCUGAAAGCGUCCGCAGGUCCAAACUAUCCACCACCGCCAACCUAUGAAGAGGCACUUGAUCCAAAUGCUUUGCCGCCGCCUGCUUAUGACUCGCUCUUUGGUCAAGUGCAAACUGCACACCAAUCUUCUGACGGAGUGACGGAAUUCGUCAAGAACCUCACCAUUCUCCUCUUUGGAACAGUCGGCUGCUUGGCCUGCAUUGGUCUGGCCGUGGUGGUUCCUUUUGCCAUGGUUGUGAUCGGAACCAUCUAUUACAACCAGUGUCCCGCAGAACCCAACAUUCCACUCUACCUGGUCGUCGGAGGGGGAGUGACACUCUUGAACAACCUGCUGGGCAACUUCAGAAUUGAGCGAAAUGAGCAGAACAACGAAGUGUCUCUGCAGCGCAGAAAGUCUCCGGCCAAGGCGUUCAUCACCACCUUCAUGUUCAUCUGGUUUGUGCUCGGCUCGUUUUGGGUCUACAAGCACUACAUGCCCAGCUUUGACCCGAUGGACAGGAACUACUGCCACCCCACUGUCUACUUGUUUGCGUUCUGGGUCAUCACCUCGUCCUAUCUGAUUCUGCUCUUUCUGUCCCUCUCGAUAUUCUGCAUUGCGUUCAUGGCCGUUGGAGCUGCGGAGCAAAUUCAACAGCAGGCCUCCAGCCGCAGAUGAGUCCGUCAAAGAGCACUUUUGUUGUAUUUGAAGAAUCUUAAGAAUAUCCACUGCGAGCUGCAUUUCACUCAAUCGUUAAUAAGUUGUUGUAAAUGUUUUACCAAUUCUCGGAAUUCCUAAGUAUAGAACGUGUAAGUUGAGUUGUGACUUUGAUUAGACUUUUUCGUCAUAAAUAAUCGUAAAUCCUGAGAUUGAGGCUAAAUCACACAUUCUUAUAUCAGAUAAUUGCUUAAAUCUAACGCCAUGUGUUUAUUGACUGGAUAAUCGGAUAAUCAUUAGUGUAUUCGCACGAGAUGAAAUGGAUUGCAUCAAAUGCAUUUUCUCUUCAAGUGUGUGCCCAUUAUUGGUCCUUUUCCCACCAUUCGCAGUUAUAACUAAAUAGCAACCUAUUUUAGCUUUAGACACCCGUUGUACACCUAGUUGUGUUCAAUAAAUACUCUAUCUAUUUUAUAAUAUCUUUUGUCUACUGAAUAAGAGAAAAAAGUGUGUUUAUUGUGAACUGAUGGUAAUUUUAAUAUAAUCAUAUGUAUAUAAAUACAAA